AUGUACAACCAAAUAGAACACCAAGCCGAAUAUGGACAACUUCAAAAUUUCGAGCAAAAACAAAUAGAUCAAAGUUUUACCGUUGAAUCAAAUUCUGGUAUCGACCCUGUAUACAAAUAUGAGGAUGAAGAACAUCAAUCUGCAUUUAAUUACUCUACAAAUAUUAUAAAUAAUCAAACAGAAAUUCAUUAUUCAAAUUUAGAUCCAUACAUACAAAAUAAUGUUAACUCCGAACAAAAUUAUCAGGAUAGCCAUUUUGAAAAACAAAAUAAUGAUAAUAUGUAUGAUUAUAAUUUUAGUAAAUACUCUGAAAAAAAAAAAAUGAAAAAAAUAAAAGAAAAAAAAGAAAGAAAAAAACAAAGAGAAAAAGAAAGACGAAAAAAAGAAAAAAUACAAAAUAUUAAAAAUAUAUUAGAAAAUGAUAAAAAAUAUGCUGAAUGUUAUUUAAAUUCAUAUGUGUCUAAUAAUAUUCCUCUAUCAGUAGAUGAAAAUAAAUUCUUUUUCUGUUUUUUAAAAUUAGAAAUUAUUGAAGAUGAUGGUAUAAGAGUUAUAAAAAAAAAUAUGCUAAAUAAUGUAGUACCAUUCCGAUUUAGUGUUGAUGCAAGACCAGAAAAAGGUAGAAAAAAAGUUGCCUUCAAACAUGAAUCACUAUUUGCAUAUAAAAAUAAUACAACAAAUAGUAAUAUAUUAGGAAAUUGUGAUAAUAAAAAUAUAAAUAACAAUAAUAUAGGAAUACAUAGAAAUCUAAGAAGUUUCUAUGAUGAACCUAUUGAUAGUAAUUUUAAUAAAACUGUAAAAUUUAUUGGAAGUAUUAAUGAUAGUGAUAAAUAUAUGAUUGAUUAUUGUAAACAUAAGAUAAUGAAAAGAGAUAAGUCUUUAUUAUGUUUAGACAAUAGGAAACUUGUUGCUAAAAUUUGUAGUAAAAAUAAAAUACCACUUUUAUGGAUAAGAGUUGAUAAUGAUUUUUAUAUUAUAGGUAGAAUUAGAAGAACACAAAGUGUAAGUAUGUGGAUUCAACAAUUAUUAAAUGAUAAUAAUGUUUUAGCACAAUUAGAAUCUUCUUUUUCAUUAGCUUUUAUUCCAUUCUUUUUUCUUAAUAAAAAUAUUACAUCUAAUUUUAAUGAAGGGAAAAAUAAUUACUUUAUGGGUCCAGAAAAAGGUGCUAAUAUCAAUAAUAAUUCGACACAUUAUGGUGGUCUAACUAAUAAUAUUACAUCUAUGGGGUCUGAUGGAUCUGAUGAAAAUAUUAAUCAUUUAGAUGCAGAUAACAUACUUGCUCAUAACACACAAAAUGAUAACCAUACAGAUGUUGAUGCUAAUUUUUUAAAAUUUUCUUCAAGCAAAGUUAAAAAUAAACAAAGAAAAAAAAAUAAUCCACAAAAUAAUAACAAUCCUACUGAUCCUGCAAGUUUCCCUUUUAACAAUAUUGCAUCUAAUAUUUUAGCAAAAUCAGAUCAAUCCUUCUUAAUGCUUAAUGAAUCAUAUGCAUUAGAUAAUGAUAAAAAUAGAAAAUUCGGAAUAAAUAAUACUAAUAAAAAUAUCCAAAAUGAUUUUCUAAAAGUUGAUAAAUAUUCUAGCCAAAGUAGUAGCUCAAAUGUAGAUUCAGAUAGCCAUGAUCUAAAUUUUACUACAUCUACCAUUGAUGAUUUAAAUGAAGAUGUAAACGGUUUAGAUAAUUGUAAUUAUUCCUCAUCUAGCUAUAAAACAAAAGAAAAAAAAAAUUAUAAAACAUAUUCUAAAAAAAGUAUAUCUAUCUCUAAUAUGCCAAUUAAUAUAGAAGUUAUUAAAUCUUUAUACAAAUCUAUCACUUCAGAGUAUCUACAUUAUAUAGUUAAAAUUAGAUGCAUAUAUUCCUUAUGUUUUGUUCAUAAUAAAUAUAUUUACACUCAAAAAGUUAUUCAAAAUUUAUUUUUAGAAUAUUUUAAUCAAAAUUUUCCUAAAGAUUUAAAUCAAAAAAAAUUCAUGCAUGCCUUUUUUAUUGCUUUAUCACUUUUAAGGAAUAAAAAUAAUAGGACGCCCAAAAUUAUACUCUUCCUUCUUAUCAAAAAAUGCUCAAGUUUUGUUUUAUCUUUAAAUCUUCAUAAUAAUUAUAAUCUAACAAAUAAUAUAACUCCCCAUGAUCAAGAUAAUUCAGCUAGCCAUAGAUACAUCUCUAAUCAUAUGGAAACUGAUAAUUGUGAUCAUCUUGAAAAUAAUACAAAGACUAAUAAUUUUGGCAAAUUUUAUUCUCAUUCAAAUCAAGAAAAUAUUCAGAUAAAUACUACUGGAAAUGUACUAAAAAGGGAAAGCCAUAAAAAUGAUGGCACGUCAGAAUUAUUAUCCUACAAUAUACCACAAGCAAAUAUGUCUAUGCAAGGUUCUAAAAAUUGUUUAACAAAAAAAAAGGAUGAAUAUUGGGAUUGUAAAAAAAGUAUUGUACAAAAAAUUUCACAAAUUACAAACCACACAAAAUUAUGCACAUGUAAUAAGAAUAUUCACAAAUUAUGUGAUUUUUGUAAAAAUGACUUGAAUUGUUCAGGUAAAAAAAAAAGUGUGCAAUAUAAUCAAAAUAAAGAAAAUCAACAAAAAAUUACUUACGAUGCUGAUUUAAUUAUACAAAAGGAAGAAGAAGAAGAUAUAAAAAUGGUGUUGGAAUGCAUAGGAAAUAUUAAAUUUAAAAAUCGAUUUUUAUUUGGUAAUCAAAAUAAUAAGUUUAACGGAAUAGGAGAAUACAGAACAAAUUCCCCAACUAACAUUAAUAAUAUUUCUAAAAAUAGUAAUGAAUAUUUUUUUUCACAAUACUUCACAAAAUUGGUAAGUAAUGCUAACGGCAUGUCAGUAGACACUAGUUAUACAAAUAAUUAUAUGAAAAAAAGAAAAAAAGGAAAAAGAAAAAAAGUGUAUCAUGCAUAUGAUUUUUACGAUAUAGAUAUAUAUGAUGAAGAAAAAAAAAUAGAAAAUCAUUUUUUAAAAUUAAGAAAAACAAAAAAAGAAUAUACACAAGAUUUAAUUGAUUUAUUAUUUUUAAUAUAUGAAUUAAAAAAAUUAUCCCCAUAUCUUCCUAUAUCCGAUACAAUUAUAACUAUACUAAUUAGAUCGGUUAGUAGAAAUAAAAAUAUUUUAGACCUAUUUAGAAAUAAAAUGUAUGUAGAAAAUAAAUACUACUUUGACAUGUGUGAAUAUUUGCCUAAUUUUAUAUUCCAGUCAAAAUUAGUAAAUUUUAUUGAACAUAAAAAUGCAAACAAUUUUACUAUCGAAGUGAUAAGGGCUAUUUUACAUUUGAUAAUGACUGGUAACAUACGGGUAUACAAAAUUUAUUACAAAAUGAAUCAUUUAUUGGGAUCGGGAGUGAAGUCUAUUAUUUCUUCAUUUAAAAAUAACUCACUAAAUGAGAAUAACUUAUUAGAUAGACUGAUAAAAAAAGAAGUUUCACAAGAUGAGGUAAACAAUUUUUCUAACCCUUAUGCAAAAUGUGAAAGCACUACUUUUACAGACAUAAACAAUGAAAAUGAAAAAACCGAAAAUUAUUUUUUUGUAUCAAUAUAUACAAACUUUAUAGAAAGAAAAGUUAUAUGUAUGCAUUUACUAAAUAUAUAUGCAGCCAUUCAAUUUAUUUCUGAAAUUGUAAAAAUUUAUAAAAAUUGUGAAAUCGAAAUGCUAAUAUGGAAUAUUUUUUAUCAGUUACUUUUAAUAUUUCAACAAAAAUAUCCUUUUUUCUUUUUACCUUUUUCAAAAUUGUUCAAUAAAUAUUUUAAGGAAUAUCAAAAAAAAAGCUAUACGGCUUUCGAAUUUUUCUAUUUUCUAUAUGGAUUUAAUUCAAUUAACCAGUAUGAAAAAGCUAACAAAAUUAAUGACUAUAAUAAUGUUAGCGAUUUUGAAGAAGAUGAUAAUAAAAUGAACAUACUUUAUCUUAAUAACCAGUACAAAGUACACACAAACAAUAAAUUAGCAUGUGAUUAUGCCUUACGUAAUUUAUUAUUUGAAGAAACAUUUACAAAUUAUUCAUCAAAAAUUAAGGAACAAAAUAUUAUUAUAUAUAAAUACGAUAUUAUAGGUUAUAUAUCAUUUAUAGAUAUUUUGAAAUUUAUUCCCAAUACAAAAAAAUUAAAAAAAAACUUUAUACAAAUAACAUAUAUAAAAUAUAUAGUUAAAUAUAUACAUAAUUAUUUGAGAGGAUUAAUUAUUGACACAUCAAAUUUUAAUGAAAAUUAUUUUAAAAAUUCUAUAUUACACGAUUUAAAAAAUAUAUUUGUUUUUUUAUAUGGAUACGGAAUACCCCCAUGUUACUCAAAAACCAUUUCCCCAAUAUAUUUCCCUCAUUAUAAACAAUUAAAUGAUACUACAAAAAAAGGUGUGCAAAUAAAUAGUCUCAUCAAAUUUUUGCGAACAUACUAUAACAAUGAAAAAUUGCUAAAAUGGAAAGUAGUUGCCUCUGAAUUUAUAAGCGUGUUAACAAACAUGCAGGAACUUAAAUUGUUUGUAGACGAUCCCACAAUAUCUCUUUAUAACUUUAACUUCACAAAAGAAAAUAUUUGGUUGUCAUUGAUUAGUGAGAAAUUAGAAAACGACAUUUAUAAAUUGCCAAUGGACUUAAAAAGAGAUAUCAUUCUUUUGCUAAAAAACAUUCGUUUAGUUGAUAUAUGUUUAGGUACUAAUACUUAUGAACAUGUUAAUAAUAUUUUUACCGUUUGUUGGUUUAUUAUAGUAAAAAUAUUUCAAAAUUAUGAAAAAAGCAAGAAAAAUGUGUGA